AUGUUAACACCGUAUAACCAUAAUCGUGCUCCACUCAUGAAUCAGCAGUACAACAGACCCAAUGGAAAUUAUGGAAACUAUAACGAGAUGAAUGAGGGCGAACUAUUAGGCUCACUUUUUGGUCUUGCUCAUCAGUUAAUGGGCGAAAUUUUGCGAAAUAUUCCGGAAAUUACUGGGAUGGGACCAAAUAUAGGUUUAACGCCGAACUUUCCUUAUGGAAAAGCAUUUGGCGUUAGUUCUAUGAACGUUACGCAAAUCACACAGGGUCCGGAUGGUCGACCGCAUGUUGUUCAAGCGCAUAAAGAACGUCGUUUGGGUCCAGGAGGUGUCUGGCAAACGAAAAAAGCUAUCCGUGAUCCUGAACGUGGUAUUGAUAAAGUUCAAAUCGGCUAUUUCACUGGCGAUCAUGGUGAAAUUAUUGAACGGCAUUUUGACCGAGCUACAGGACAAUAUCACGAAGAAAUUCAACGACGUGAUUUUGCUCCCAAUGAAUUUAAUUAUCCGCCUCAUUUACCAAUACAAUCUCAACCGUAUUCGAGGCCACAAUAUCCAUAUUACUCUUCACCUCAACAACAAUUUUCUUUCUAUCAACAGCAGCAACAACAACAACAAAUGAUGCCUCCUUAUCGCCAACAACCAAUGUCAUCUCUUUCACUUUAUUCUCAGCAGCAGCCACCGCCGCCAUUGCCUAUUUCAGCUCUUAAUCCUCAUCCUGAGAAAGCCCAACAAGCUCUUCCUCCACCACCCAUGUUUCCAUACAUAUGA